AUGCCCUGGGCACGCUUCAUCUACAACGUGGCAACCCACCAAAAACAUACCAAAUGGAUUGCGCCUCUUCUGGUUCUGGGCGAUGCGUUCCUGUGCGCCCUGAUCAUAUGGAAGAUCUCCUACACCGAGAUUGACUGGUCAACCUAUAUGCAGCAGAUCUCCUUAUACAUUUCCGGAGAACGCGAUUAUCCCUCAAUCAAAGGAUCGACGGGUCCCCUAGUAUAUCCCGCUGCGCAUGUCUACGCCUACACACUCCUAUACAACCUCACCGAUGAAGGACGCGACAUUCUCACUGGACAAAUCCUCUUUGCUGGCCUUUAUCUGUCUACAUUGGUCCUUGUCUUUGGCUGCUAUCGUAAGACUGGGGCUCCGCCGUAUCUCUUCCCUCUUCUGGUGCUUUCCAAGCGGCUGCAUAGCAUUUUCAUGCUGCGCAUGUUCAACGAUGGACUGGCGGCCUUUGCGAUGUGGCUUGCCAUAUGGUUAUUCUUGAAGAGAUACUGGACUCUGGGAGUAUUGAUAUGGACCCUGGGUGUUGGAGUCAAAAUGACUCUAGUGCUGGUGGCUCCGGCUAUUGCCGUUAUCACACUUCUGAGUGUUGGCUUGACACGCAGCGUUUGUCUUGGUUUCAUAGCCUUGCAGGUUCAAUGGGCCCUUGGAAGACCAUUCCUGACAAAGAAUGCGGCUGGCUACUUUUCGCGAGCCUUUGAGUUAUCUCGACAAUUUAUGUUCAAAUGGACAGUGAAUUGGCGAUUUGUAGGGGAAGAAACUUUUCUCUCCAGGGAAUUUUCCGUGGCUCUUUUACUGCUACAUGUUUCUAUCCUAGCCCUCUUCACCCUCAGCUGGGUAAAGCCGUCGGGCUCCAACGUGUUCCGCUUCCUCCAAGACACUAUCCAGGGUCGGCAACAGCAAGUGGUCCUUUCGAACACCUUCAUAAUGACUGCUAUGUUGAGCUCCCUGGCCAUUGGCAUGCUGUGCGCCCGGUCGCUGCACUACCAGUUUUUCGCUUAUUUGGCAUGGGCUUCCCCCUUCCUCCUCUGGCGCGCUGGUCUUCAUCCAGUCCUCAUCUAUCUCACAUGGGCGCUGCAGGAGUGGGCCUGGAAUGUGUACCCCAGUACCAAUGCAAGCUCGGCGGUCGUGGUUUUGUCCCUCGUCUUGCAGGUGUUUGGUGUCUGGCUCAAUGGACACGAGGUGGAUAAGAAGCCAGCAGUUGGCCCUGGCCGCAAGGAAACUCGUACUCAAUGA